CUCAUUCACGGUGACUAAUUUUGAUCCGAUAUGAGAUUAUCGGAUUCGGAUUAUUCUCUUAAUUAAUCCUGAUCCGACGUUUCGAUCCGAAAUGACAUUAGCGGAUCCGGGUUAUGUUUGCAUGAAGCCAAGCUCCUCCUCGUUCUUCAUGUUCGCGCCAACCUUCCUCCUCUUUCCUCGACUCCACCCUCUCAGCAAUCUCCCCUUCGUUCUUGACUGUUUCUUGUUCAUGGGGAGCCGGAGAAGGUGUGGCCCAAGGAAGUAUAGGAGCUGGUGGAAGGAGACUGGGCGUGGUAUCCUUGCGCAAAACAGGCAACCACUCCCAUGGUUUUCUCAGGAGAAAGCAGUGAGAUGAGAUCCUUGAGAACUUGCACCCAGAACAAGUGAUGCUGAUGGUUGUUAAUAAGGAACCCAGAUCAUCAUUAUGCUUCAGAUGAACUCUUGCCUCUGCAAUUAUCUUACAAUCGAUUAUAUGCUACAAUGGUCUUGUCUAACUCUUAAUUAACUUCCAGGAGAAGAAGGUGCGAUAAAGGCAUGUGGAUUAUACAUGGAAGUCAAGCAUGUGGGCUGUCAUCUUCAGCACUGCAAGAAAGGUAUGUAGUGGGGUCUCUUGUGUUCAAGUGAUAAGGUUGACAUUUGUUUAGCUCGAGAAAGAUCAUAGGAGGUUGGUGGAUUUAUAGCUGUUCUCCUGCCUUCUUCCUCUUGUCAUCAUUAGGCUUCUAGAUAUUGAGUGUUGGUCUAAAGGCAAAUCCUGCAUGGAAUAACGUCUGAGAUUUGUUUCAUUCCUCAUAUGAAUAUUAUAUUUGUAGAAUCACACAAGUUGUAGUUUAGCUGCUCUUUUUGCCUUCUAAUGCCUUCUUCCAUCAUCAUCGGCCAUCCUCUCAAUAGGCACUAAGAGGGCAAGGUUUAGAGAGUGUAAGCUAAAGUGUAUUUGGGAUACAAACACUGUAGCAUUCUUUAAGUUCUCUGUUAUUUCAUCAUACUCAUGAUCAUGAUUGAUUGCAUGGAUUUCUAACAAAAAGCUAUUCAAUAAAGAAUUUGUAAGCAGAGCAUUCAUGCACUGAAGUUUGAGGACCCCAUUCCUGACAUGGUAAUAGUUUUGUCUCCUGAGGUUUGACCACCUUGAAGGUGAUAUUUCAAUAAGAGCACAAUUAGAAACACAGCCAAUGAUGGAGUCAGAAAUCCAUGUAAGCACUUCAUUACAAUCUUUCCCACUAUAUAAUCUUCCAUAGGAAAGAAUAAUUCUUAGUGGUGGGUGGUACCCUCACAGAAUUUUUAUCUAGAAUUCCUAAGGUACAUGGAUUCUAAGCUGCUCAGCCACAAAGAUGCAGCACUUACAACAUCUUGACAUCACCAGAAUAUUAGACUCUUAUGAGGCAACUACUUAGAGAUAAAAGUUCCAAAGGAGCAUGAUACUUGAGCACUACUUGGUAGUGUGGACUGUCAGAAGAGGAACAGAUCACGAUUCAUUUCCCUGCAACCCACCACCAGCCACUUCCACUUGCAUUUGUGUUGAUUCUGUUUGACAUAUAAUAGAUUUUGAGAAACAGUAUCAAGCUUUUUUUUUUCUGUGCUUCCUGCUGCCACUCAACAGACCUAACCAUUGUACCGAAAAGAUGCACAAGUUGGCAUUUGAGUUUCUUACUCCAACCCCACAUGAACUUUAUUGAUAUGCAUUCAAAAAGUCGUUCAUAUCAUUACCACCCAACCAUCUCUAGCCAGUAUAGAGAUAUCUUACAGGUUCUUCACCUUUGAGAUUCCUUUAUUGACCUUCACGCCAGCUUGAUAUACUGCAGUUGCUCACUGAGAACUAAAAGGUUUCAAAUGUUAUUGUAGAGACCUAAGAAUGCAUCUGAAGUGAGGGAUUUCUUGCAAGAGGAAACUAUCUGAUUUGUUGAUCUGAAAGGGAGGAAGAAGGGAAAGAGAUUGGCUUUGCUUGCAGUGCUGGUCUUUGAAGCUGCAAACAUCCAUUAUAUAUGUCUGUGUUGUGUUCUCUGCAGAAUCCAUGUAGGUCUUUGUUUUGCUGCUUUAUCUUUUUCUUCGCAAGUAAGCCUUCUACGGUCUGUCUGCACCAAGGACAAGGUCGAUAGGAAUUCCAGGAGCAGAGUGCAUUCUUCCUCCUUGCUCUAUCAAGGAAACAGGAAAUGUUAGCUUCAGGAAGACAUGCAAUUGUUAUGGUGCUUGGAAGUUCCAUGGCUGCUUCUCUUCUUCCAUCCCUGGGAUCAUCCAGAGAGACACCCAAAUUGGUUCAAACCUACAGGAUCAGCCAGCCGAAUCCUCUCCAGGUAUGCCAUGACACUCCUCUUGUUUCCGGCCAAACAGAAAAUGAAGACACACUCGGCUCAUCCAUCUUCUUUGCCAUUUGUGCAGCUGACACCUGAACUCUCAUUCCAGAUCGGAGUUCAUGCAUUCCUGCUCUGGGCUUCGGUUGGUUUCUUAAUGCCUGUUGGAAUCAUCAUCAUUAGGAUGUCGCACAGAGUUGAAUGCAUCAAAAGUCUCAAGGUUCUGUUCUAUGCCCACCUCAUUGUUCAGAUUAUGGCAAUCCUGUUGGCUACUGCUGCAGCAGUUCUAUCACUGAUCAACUUUGAGAACUCCUUCGACAAUACCCAUCAGCGGAUAGGGUUAGCAGUAUAUGCUUUCAUUUGGAUACAACCGAUCAUAGCCUUCUUCAGGCCUCACAGGUGCGUGUGUAUGGGCAUAAAGAUGAGGAGCGCCUGGUACUUCGUGCAUUGGCUGCUUGGGACUGGAGUUUGUGUACUGGGCAUCGCGAACGUCUACGUCGGCUUACAUGCCUUCCAUGAGAGGACCUCGAGGAGUGUGAGACCGUGGGUUGUCCUGUUCACUACAGAGGUCUCCCUCUUUGCCUUCAUCUAUCUCAUUCAAGGCAAGUGGGAUCAUAUGACGAAGGAAGGAGCGAUUCUGGUUGAGCAGGUCGCCCCCAGCGGCCAUUUGACCUCUCCAAGUAGCAACCAGAAAGAGCUGACAGUGGCGUCUUAGGAUGUUGAGAGUUCUCAUUUGUUUUUAGAGGCCUUUGUUCCGUCGCGUUUCUUCUGUCGAUGUUCUACGCAAUGCCACAUCAAUGUAGAGCGACAACUCAUACACCCGUGCGAUAGUGUGUGCAGAGAAGGCGUUCGAGAGCGAGCCUGUUAGAACUGCGGAUGUGGUAGUGUGAUGUCGAUAACAUUUAACAUAUUUUGUUCGGCCACCGCUUGAUCUUUCACCUUAA